AUGUGGAUACAACGCUCCAGGGGGAUGCCCUGGACGGGGCCUGGCCUAGCUCCGGCUGCGGCCGGGCACAGGCUUGAUGUUUCAGCCAGAGCCUAUCUGCUGCCCACGUUCAGCCAUCCGCACUGCACGGAACCCUCCACUGUUGGGGACAGACUUGUUCUCAUCGCCUAUGUCAUUGGGCAGUAUGAAAGCCUGAGCAGCUCUCAUGUCUGCAAAUUACAGGACCUCGGCUUCUGCCCACCACGGGUGAUUCCAGCCAGGGCUAGCAGUACGGAGUCGGAGAUAGAGGUGUCGGUACAUGUUCGGCGAGUGGCCGUUUCCUUGCGCUCCAGAGGCCUUUUCCGUGCCACGACUGAGCUAUGUGCUGGCUGCUUGGCCAUUCGUGGCGGGCCAGCGGACAUGGCGAUGGCUCGACGCACUUGCAGGCCAACUGGGGAUAUCGUUCCUGUUGCUCUAUUUGCUUUCGAACUGGAGGUCAGCGGCAUAGCAGCAGAUGCCAGGCACAUCUACACACCGGAACGGUUGGUGGAUUCAGUGGGCCUCACCAUGGUGGAUCCGGGCGGACUGAUGCCGGGGUGCGCUCUGCUCACUCCGGCACAGUCUUGUCGCAACACGGCAGCAGUGGCGGAAGCAGUGGUGACCCGAUGGGAGCACAGGAGGAAGGAAUGGACAAUCACGAAGCGGAUGCGGGUGACCACGUCGCUAGCACUGGUGCUGUGCCAAUAG